GAAAGAGAAGCAGCCCGCAAAAAAUUAGAAGCAGCGGAAUUGGCUCGUCGGCAAACUAAUCUCAGUGAAAAAGAACGUAAACUUAAAGAACAAGCCGAGCAAAGACAAAAAGAAAAAGAAUUAGCCGAAGCAGAAGAGGCCAAACGGGAAGAAGCCCGUCAGGCUCGUGAACAAGCCUUAAAAGAAGAACAAGCCGCCUUUUUAAAAACUCAACAAAAGAACUUUGAAGAACAACAGAAAAAAAGAGAAGAAAACUAUGCUAACCAAGUUAAAGAAGCCGAGAUUGCUGAACAGAAGAAAAAAGCGGCCAUUGAGGAAUUAGACAAACAAAAUAAAUUCCAGCAAGAACAAUUAGAAAAACAAAAAGAGUUAUUGGAAAAAGAAACCCAAAAAAAAUUAGAACAAAUUGCAGUGGAUGACCAAAAAGCCCGGCAAGUUAUUUUGGAACAGCAAGAGAAAGAUAAACUGGCUUUGGAGCAAACCCGCCGAGAUAAUGAAGCCGAAUUACUGAGACAAAAAGUUAAACGAGAAAAGGAAUUAAAUGAACUUAAAGAAAAAAACCGAAAAGAAUUAACCGAAACUGAACAAAAGUUAGCAGAUGACAAGCAAAAAGCCCAAGAGGAAUUAGCCAGAUUAAUUAAAGACCGAGAAAAUGCGGCUAAAAAAGCCGAGGCAGAUAAAAUUGAGCGGGAUAAAACUAGCCAGUUAGAAGCCAAACGACAAGAAGAGGAGGUGAAAAAGUGUACCGAUGAUGGCAGUGGUCAGCCGGUUUUUGUUCCUUUUCGUUCGUUGGGAAAUGGUUAUGUGUCCAUGCCAACGAUUGGAAACAUAUUUAAUAAAGGUCCGAAAGUAAAAAUCAAUAUUUACCAUUGCACAGCGGCUGGGAAAGUCAAAGGAGAAUUUAACAUUCCCAUGACUGAUGAGGAUAUUAAAGAAAUAAAAAUAUUGGCUGGUAGAUUUAGUAAUAAUUUCUAUACUAAAGAUGAAUUAAAAAGAAAAGUAGAUAGUUUGGAUGACCCGAAACUUUUUGAUUAA